AUGGCUCUACUUGCUGCUGCUACCCUGAAUCCCACCACCCACCUUAGCCUUAGAAGCCGUGCAGGACGCAACAGUGAGAACCUAUGGCUCCGGUCUGCUGCUUCAUCACAGAAGAGCAAGGGAAGGUUCUGUAACCUCACCAUCAGGGCAGGCACACCGUCAAAGCCAGCAGAGCCCAUUGGGCCUGUGUUCACUAAGCUCAAGCCGUGGCAAAUCCCUAAAAGGGACUGGUUCGACAAGGACUUCCUAUUUGGUGCCUCCACUUCAGCAUACCAGAUUGAAGGUGCUUGGAAUGAAGAUGGCAAGGGGCCAAGCACUUGGGACCACUUCUGCCACACAUAUCCUGAGCGCAUAUCCGACAGGACCAAUGGGGACGUUGCGGCAAACUCCUACCAUCUAUAUGAAGAGGAUGUCAAAGCGCUGAAGGACAUGGGCAUGAAAGUGUAUAGGUUUUCCAUCGCUUGGUCCAGAAUACUGCCAGAUGGGACGGGAAAAGUAAACCAGGCAGGCAUCGACUACUACAAUAAGCUGAUCAACUCGCUGAUAGAUAACGACAUAGUGCCAUAUGUUACAAUUUGGCACUGGGACACUCCUCAAGCACUGGAGGACAAGUACGGCGGCUUCUUAAAUAGGCAGAUUGUAGAUGAUUACAAACAAUUCGCCGAGGUGUGCUUUAAGAACUUCGGCGACAGGGUGAAGAACUGGUUCACCUUUAACGAGCCACAUACAUAUUGUUGUUUCUCCUAUGGUGAGGGGAUUCAUGCUCCUGGGAGGUGCUCGCCAGGGAUGGAUUGUGCCGUCCCAAAAGGAGACUCGCUCAGAGAGCCAUACACUGCUGGUCACCACAUCCUCUUAGCUCAUGCUGAGGCUGUUGAGCUGUUCAAAGCUUGUUACAACAAGCAUGGGGAUUCCAAGAUAGGGAUGGCCUUUGAUGUAAUGGGUUACGAGCCAUUCCAAGACUCCUUCCUCGACGACCAGGCCCGGGAAAGAUCCAUCGACUACAACCUCGGAUGGUUCCUGGAGCCAGUGGUUCGUGGUGACUACCCCUUCUCUAUGAGAUCGCUGAUCGGAGAUCGUCUACCCAAGUUCACUAAGGAGGAGCAAGAGAAGCUAGCGUCCUCAUGUGACAUCAUGGGGCUCAACUAUUACACCUCCAGAUUCUCCAAGCAUAUUGAUAUUUCAUCAGACUUUACGCCGAAGCUGAACACCGACGACGCUUACGCCAGUUCAGAAACUAAAGGGAGUGACGGGAAUGACAUCGGUCCUAUUACCGGGACUUAUUGGAUUUACAUGUACCCAAAAGGCCUAACGGACCUCCUUCUGAUCAUGAAGGAGAAAUACGGAAACCCACCCAUCUUCAUCACUGAGAACGGAAUUGCUGAUGUGGACAGCGACCCAACCAUGACAGAUCCUUUGGAUGACUGGAAGAGGCUAGACUACCUCCAGCGCCACAUCUCAGCCGUCAAGGACGCAAUAGACCAGGGCGCGGACGUGCGGGGCCACUUCACGUGGGGUCUGAUCGACAACUUUGAAUGGAGCCUGGGCUACAGCUCACGAUUCGGCCUCGUCUACAUCGACAAGAAGGACGGCAACAAGCGCAAGCUCAAGAAGUCGGCCAAGUGGUUCGCCAAGUUCAACUCCGUCCCAAAACGCUUGCUUAAGACUACCAAUAACAACGCAACGUUUGAAGAAAUUAAUAAUCGGAUGGAUGCAAUAAAAUGA